GACUGAGCCCGGGGCUGCGCAGUCAGACGCUGACCGGGCGCGAGCGGCGACGCGGGGCUUGCAGCGCUGAGCAGAGAGCAGAGCCUGCAGCACCUCUCGUGUUCUGAGGACCGCUCCGGAGAACGCUGCUCGGGUCCCAUCAUUUGACAGGGAGCUCCAGGCCCGGCAGGAUGGGGUCAGCCUGUGUCAAAGUCACCAAGUACUUUCUCUUCCUCUUCAACCUACUCUUCUUUAUCCUGGGCGUGGUCAUCCUGGGCUUCGGGGUGUGGAUCUUGGCCGACAGGAGCAGCUUCAUCUCUGUCCUGCAGACCUCGUCGGGCGCGCUCAAGGUGGUGGCCUACGUCUUCGUCAGCGUGGGGGCCGUCACCAUGCUCAUGGGCUUCCUGGGCUGCCUCGGCACGGUCAGGGAGGUCCGCUGUCUGCUGGGCCUGUACAUCACCUUCCUCCUCCUGAUCUUCGUCGCCCAGGUCACGGCUGGGGUCCUCCUCUACUUCAACAUGGGCAAGGUGAAGCAGCAGAUGAGCGACAUCGUGAUCCAGCUUAUCCGGGACUACAGGGACAACAAGGAUGACAGCCUGCAGGAGGCCUGGGACUACGUGCAGGCUCAGGUACAGUGCUGCGGCUGGGAGAGCUCCUACAACUGGACGGACAACGCCGAGCUGAUGAAUCGCACCAACGUCACCUUCCCCUGUUCCUGCAAAAAGAGCGAGGGCGAUGACAACCUCCUGGAGAGGAAGGGCUUCUGCGAGGUCCCGAGCAACACGAGCCAGAGCGGCAACGACCCCGAGCAGUGGCCCGUGUACAGGGAGGGCUGCAUGAAGAAGGUGCAGGAGUGGCUGCAGGAGAACUUGGGCGUCAUCCUGGGCGUGUGCGUGGGCAUCGCUGUCAUUGAGCUCCUGGGGGUGCUCCUGUCUGUCUGCUUGUGCCGGCACAUCCAUUCCGAAGACUACAGCAAGGUUCCCAAGUACUGAGGCAGUCGCUGUCCCCAGCUCCCUGCCCGUCCCCCAGCCUCGGGCGCCGGGGCUCCCAGGCUCCCUCCUCCAGGCCCGCCUCCCCCCUCACUGCCGAGGCCCCUUGCCCGUCCUGUGCUGGCUGGAAGUGGGGGGCUUUCUGGGGCCUGGACCCCUCUCCCUGUCUGUCUGCCUCCGGCUUUGAGCCCGGCUGUUCUGUGGCUCCUCUGCUCCCCGCCUGCAGGGUUCUCUUGGCAGCUCCGAGAAGAUGCUGUCCGCAGCACCCCUGCGCAGGUGGGCUGGGUUUCUACCUGCUUUCAGGGCUGUAUAUAGUGUGGAGGGGAAAUGUAUUAGAAACCGGGGUGGGGGUGGAUCAGGCGCCUGGGGCUAUCAGGGACUGCCCACUGCGUGGGUCAACUCGUUUUCCACUUUGAUGCUUAUGUAUUUGGUUUUCACAUCUUCAUUAAAGGUGGUGGGAGAGGGUGGGCUUUACCUGACUUGGGAGAGACACCCCUUCUCCAGGCCUGACCCGGGCCCACCCAGGCAGCUCAGAUGCGCCUGGCCACCACGUGGGGGCAGCGUCCGGGUGAGCUGGGCCGAAGGGGUCUGGCCUGGCCCUGGGCUGCUGAGGGAGUCAGAGGGGCGCACCCUCAGGGCGUGGCACCCAGCUGGCCCUGCAUUCGCCUGGACCCCGAGCUGUCCAGGGAAGGGAGCGAGCCUUCUCCUGUCCUCCGCCCCCGGGAGUGGGUGGGUGAGGCUGUGCCUUGUAGCAGGGAGGGGCUCCGUGCAGAGUUCUGUAAAAGACGCUGGAGAUUUGACAACUGACUUGAUUAAAGAGGCUUUGUAACA